AAUCAUGGGCUCUCCGUGCAAGCAGGCGCCAGUGGAACUCGUUAAAGAAUCUGAUCUUGACAGCCUCAUGGGUAUCUUCUUCAAGCAAUCCUUCUGUCACAAUGCUUCCGACGCUGAAAUGGUUGCUGCGUUUGAAGGAAUUCAGCAGAAAUGCAUGAACCUUUUCAGCAAAGACUAUACCGUAAAGAUCAUCGACAACAAAGGCGGUUCACUGAGUUCAUCUUAUCCUGAAAAAAUAAUGUGCCUGGCGCUUCCUGCUGAUGACGGGCAAUCUCUGCCCAAAGGAAAUGUGCGAAAGCACCUCAGUGCAAACCACACCGUUAUUUUCUCGCGAUGCUAUAGCAGAGCCUUUCUCUGCAGGGACGAUCAAGAAGCACGUGCCGAAGAACUAAGGCAACGCAUGAAGAAAGCUCGAGCUGCCAGGGCGUGGACGCGUUUUGUAGUUCCUGUUAUACUGUACGACGGAAAGCACAUCUGCCGCUCGGCAACUCUUUCUGGAGGAGUAGAGAUCUACACCCGUAUGGCGGCGGAGAAAGUCUACGAUGCCUCGGCCAACCUGUGCACAUACAUAUACUCCAUGGUUUCAGACAGCGCUGAAAACACUCCGACGUCAAGCCUGGAGGCUUCCCAGGAGUCUACAGUCUGCACCGACAAACACGAGGAUUCUGCCGCUGCCGCCCUUUCAAGCCUCCAGGGAGAAGUGGAAGACGAACCAUCUGUGGCCGUUCCAAUGGCACCAGAAGAUGACGCAUCUGUGCACGGCGAGCUGCGAAACGAGGACAUCCAGCUGCUGAAAUUUCUGUCAAUUAACCAGAUCUGCGACUUAAUGGUGGAAAAGAAGAAACAAAAAUUAUGCAUAAACCUGACCUCCUCCGAAAAAGUCGACAAGUUCAACAGGUACCGCGACUUCACAAUUUUUCAGCUCCCUUUCCCAGGUUGCGAGUUCUUCGAUAAAUACUCGCGGUCCGGUUACCGGGCACGAGGCCUGAUAUUCGACUGGUCACAGGAAUGGAUUGACGCCGAGCUGCAAGUUCCCGACACCAGUUUGUUUUCGGAGCUCGACAUCAAUUGGGAGGGCUACAAGACUUGGGACCUACUGACUUUGACCAAGAACUACAUGAAGUUAUUGCUGACUACCAUUGCAAGGAGCAAGUUAGUCCUACUUGACACGACUACUUUGAUUUCCCUCGCACUUGAACAUUCAAUUUCUAUUCUCUUGCUUUCCAGUCAUAAUCUAGCAACUCGGCUCAAGAGUCAACAAGAGAUAUUUCACUUCUGCUUCAAUAUGCUCAAGCACAUCAGCGACAAGGAAUUCUCGAUGGCAACCCUCGAAAACCCGAUAAAGAACUUGCAAAGCCAUCAGGCACCUACUCCAGAUGAGCCUGUCAAAAACGGUGCGAGCACCACGGCAAUCUCGAUUCCGGCAAUUACCCCAAGCCCUCCUGAAGAUGAACUCUACUUCAGUUGCACCAGCAUCUCGAGCGGUUCUCCCGUCGAGGGCGCAUCUGGAGACGAGCGUCCGAGCCCUGGGCCAGAUGCCGAGAAGGAGCCUGCCAAUGGAGCCUCGACCGUCGUCAGUAAUGGUGACACUUUAUCCCAUUCCGAAACAGCCAGUGGCCGAGACCUUCUGAGUGUGGGCAGACCGGUCACACCACUUCGAUCGCCACCGCCAGCAGUCGGUUCUCCAAGCAAUGGCUCAGAUACCUCCUGGUCCAUGCUCUGUGCGGCCGAGCCAACGGGUACUUCAUCCCCGGGAAGCGCAGCUAGCCUAGCUUUAUCUAGGCAAAGCCGCUCAAGCAGUGAAAGUAACGCCGGCAGAAUGGAAAACGACGAGACACGAAACAUUCAGUUCUUGCUGAAACGGCGUGCGGAGCGACUGAAAGAAGUCCGCCGUCUCGUGAGAAGAUUCUACGCCAAGAACAAGAGCGCUCUGCUGGCCAGUCCGCCAUCGAUCUAGUCCCCUCUGCUGCCAACUCUGUCUUGUUUCCUGAAGACAGCGCAUGAACUUGCCCAGUCACCGCUGCAAUCUGAGAAGUGUACACCGAGUUGAACGACGCAACAUUUACCUUGUGUUUAUGGGCCUGCAUGAGACCGGACCGGGGAUUCCAUCCUAGGGGUUCUUGAUUCAGUCCUAUCCGACGCCGCCUCACUACUGCUGCUCGCUCAAGACCU